CAGUUUUGCACAUAUUAAAUCAUCAAAAUGCAUAACUGUCCCACUUUACCUGAUGUCCCACAUUACCUGAACUUACCCUACUUCCACACAUGGUAUCAACUGAUGGUGCCCGUGCUUCACUUUCAGUCACUUUCUUUUCCAAUAGAACAGAGAACAUGAGCGGAUUCCCAAAAAAGAAGCGGAUGGAUAAGAAAAAGAAAGAACGGACACCGGUGGUAAAAAGCGGGCCACAGGUACUGGCUGAACAAAGACGCUUCCGGGAGAUGCAGAAAAGACAAAAGAAUGCAGAAACGAUAAGUAUAAUUAAAAGGUGGGUUGACCUAAAAAAGAUAUUACAGAAGCCGCCUGAAAAGAAGCUGGAAGAGAUAAGGGAGGCAGAGAAAAGGCUGGCAGAAGACAGGCUGGACAUGCAGAGGCAGGAGAGGUGGAGAGAGUGGAUGCAGAAGGAGCGGGAGCUGUGGAAAUCAGAGCAGAGACGGAAAGAGCAGGAGCUCAACUCCUCCAAGAAGAAACUUGAAGGUCUGCAGGAGACCAAGACACCUCACACACAGGUGGUUAAGUCUCUUACCAUCAUGGAGGAGUUGAAGAUGAUGGACGAACUGCUUGAGGAGACAGCGGAUAUCAAAGUUCCAUCAAUGUCUCCCAUCCAUCAGCCAGCCUCCCCAACCCCCACACCCCUCCCACUGGGUAAAGAUGGAGUAUUCUUGGGCCUCGCCACCACUAAACCCCUGGAAGCUCAGGCCAGGCACCCCCACGGGGUCAAGGAUCCCACCUGCACACCUCUUCCCAAGGACACUCCAAUCUACACCCACCCCUUGGCCAACCAGGAGGAAGGAUUAGAGAGUGAACUGGCGAGGAUGCAAGUUCUGGAGGCAUCUGUUGAGGAGAGUUCCAGCAGUGACAUAUUGAAAAUUGAGAAUGAGAUAAAGGCUGAGAAGGGGAAAGCAGCAAAGAAAGAGAGGGAGUUCCUAGAAAAGCAGAAGAAAGCAGAAAAGCUGGUACAGGAGAAGAUGGAGAAGAAGCAGAGGAAGCAGCUGGAGCAGGCAGAAAAAAGAAACAUGGAGAUUCAAAGAAAGCUGGAGAAUGAGAGAUGCAAAAUGAAAGAUCUAGAAAGGAAAGAGAUGCAAAGGUUAGCAGAAGAGCAGAGGAAGGACAUUGAGAAGACAGAAAAGGAAGAGAAAAAGGCGGAAAAAGAAAAACUGGAAAUGAGGUCUUUGCCAAAAUGUGGCUUCUUCGAGAAGAUAAAGAGGGCCUUUCAUUUCCACUGAUAAGAGAGACUUUCCAUCUACGGUAACACCAACCGUGACAAACAUCAGGGAUGCACUCUUUUCUGUCAUCACCAUGUAAGCAAGGGUUUUUGUGUUGCUGACCCUUCCAAACAAGAAAGUUAAACGUCUACACCUUUGCUCAGUCAUUUGGAUCACAGGCACACUUAUCAACUUUCAACAAGCAACUUUCAAAACAACAAGAUCCUUGAUGAACCUUUGGAGGUUUCCUCAAUUUGAAACUGUGGAAAACCUUGAAGAACCUUUAUAGAAGUUGUGUAGUAGUAGUAGUAGUAAUAGUAGUAGUAUUAGUAGUAGUAGUAGUAGCAUUAGUAGUAUUA